CCGCCAUUAAGAGAAGAAGAAGAAGAAGAAGUGCGGAAAUGAGCCGCAGCUCGGGUGAAUGACGAGGACAUUUGAGACUUAAAAGUGUCAAACAAUGGACUGAAGUCGAGUAAAUAACAGCUGGUUUGUCUUAAACCCGCCGCGCCCCAAGGUUUGUUUGAUUGUUGUCUUGGAAGUGGUGACGGGGACAUGUCCCGCCGUGUUGCUUGACAAUUGGCUGCCUUUACCUUCUUAAUCGUCUGCUCAGUGCUCAGUGCUCAGUGUCUGCCUGUUCGCUGCCUGAGGACUCUGUUGUUGUCCUUGUCUUCUAUUAUUAUGUGUCCCCUGCAGCUGAGGACGCUGGUUUUCGGCGCGUGGGUGCUGGGAUACGUGGCCUUCCUGCUCUCCGUCAGGAAGAUGUGGACGGGGAAGUACGUGCGGAGCCCACUGGUCCGGUCACUGAUUAACAACAUGGUGAGCGAGGGCGACGCGACGGAGACAGAACAGUGGUACCGGUGCUGUCCAGAUCUUCUCGGAGAGUCCGUGCGGCCCUUGUUCGUCCAGAGCCACCUGGACUCGGACACCAAGACUUUCCUCAAGCGCAGCGUGGAGAAGUCUGGCUGGAUGUUCACGCAGCUCUACCACUCUUUCAUGUCGUCUGUCCUCAGCCCCGUGGUCUCGCGCACCUCCAUCAACGGGUUUCUGGGCCGCGGCUCCAUGUUCGUGUUCUCGGCGGAGCAGUUCCGGCAGCUGCUCCGGAUCGACCCGGAGUGGAGGGCGGAGCGGCUGCUGGACCUCGGAGCGGGGGACGGAGGCGUCACAGAGGUGAUGGGCAGCCACUUCAGAGAGGUCUACGCGACUGAGGUGUCGGCACCCAUGAAGUGGCAUCUUCAGAGGAGGAGUUACAAAGUGCUGGGCAUAGACGAGUGGCAGCAGACCGGCUUCCUGUACGACGUCAUCAGCUGCCUGAACCUGCUGGACCGCUGCGACGAUCCGCUUCAUCUGCUGCGCGACAUCAGGCGCUCGCUCGUCCUCAACACGGGGCGACUGGUCCUCGCCGUCGUGCUUCCCUUCCAGCCCUACGUGGAAGUCGGAGGACGAUGGCAGCGUCCAACAGAACACGUGAAAGUCAAAGGGAAGAAGUGGGAGGAGCAAGUGACCAACCUGAACAAUGAGGUUUUCCUCAAGGCGGGGUUUGAGGUGGAGGCCGUGACGCGGGUGCCGUACCUCUGUGAGGGCGACAUGUACAACGACUACUAUGUCCUCGACGACGCUGUGUUUGUACUCAAAGCCGCAGACGACACAGAGUGAAGGACACUUUUAACUUUGAGUUUCAUUUGUGGGGAAAAAAAAACAAAACAAAAUUCCACUCGUGUGUAAUUCCCUACAUCCAGCAGCCAUCUUGUGUUGCGGUGAUACCUCGAGUUCUUCACCCUUUUUCGUGUUGAAAAAGCACCUGAAGCUCAGAUCUAAGACUCAUCAUGAUGUUGUUGCCGGUGUCUGUUCUGGAAAGUGUUUAACUGGGGCUGUCACUUCAGAUGUAAAGCUCACUAUUAUUACUGAUCAGUGCAGGCUGCCUUCUCAUAAGCACCAAUUUAUGUAGUACCCCUCAGAUUCCAGUAGAGGGUGCAAGUUUUAUAUCAAAUCGUAUGACUGCAGCGAAAUAUCACAACGUUUUCUUUGUUUGUUUUGCAUAUAAUGUUUUUACCGAUGUUACAGUAAACGUGGCAAAAAUCAAAUGGCGUUGUAGUCAAGGCGUUGGAGGGUGCCAAGUGCUAACUCUCACUAGAUCUGUCGCAAACAUCGUCAUACUAUCGUGUUGUGACUUAAAUAUCGCGAUACCAUAUCGAGGUGUGUGACAGAAUACCCGCAAAUAACCUCAAACACGCGAUAAAUAAAUGUGUGUCGGGUAUUUUAGUGCGUUUUUAUCAUCUGCGGGUAAUAUUGUAAAUAAAAAGUGACACGCGCUCCUUUACCAUUAUUGCCAAACGUUGCACACUACUGCACUAAGCAACCACAGUGGACCAAAAGUGCUUUACAGAGUAAUAACAAAAAAUAAGAGACGGAAUAAAUAAAAUACUCACACGAGGCAAUAAAAUAUAUCUUUAAAAAAAAAUGAAAGCAUAAAACAUGGACAAUAGUAACGGCCAUGCAAUAAGCCACAGGAAAAACAUAAUAAAAUGAUUAAUUAGUUAGUUAAUUAGUUUUAAAAUUGUUAAAGUUAGGAAAACUGUGAGGAUUUUGUAAGAAAGUGACAGCCCUGGUGUUUUACUGUAAUCAUGCUGUUAUAAUAUUGUGUUGCACUCUGUUCUGUGGUCUCCAGUGUACAGUCUUAGUCAUAUUUUUUGAAAUGGCCACAAGGGGGAGCUUUACGAUUCACAAUAAUUUUAUUCCAGUUGAUUGUUUUUUUUACUUUUGUGUCCAAUCUGCGAAUUGUGUCUGACCAAAAAUGCACGCUAAAGUGAUUUCAGUGUUGCCUUUAUUUGGAAUAAUCACAGCAUGAAACUUCCAUAUAUCGUCCCAUAAUCCCAGUAAAGAUGAGGCCUUUGUAAAGUGUCAUUUAUCUUUCAUUUUAAACUGCAGUAACUGUAGCCGCAAAUGAAGACGACAGAAUCAUGUCUCAAAGCUGCAGUACGUUGUUUCUGGUUCUUCAAGAAAUAAAGACAUUUGAGCUGUUUAGCGACGGAAAGUAUGCACUGCUUACAUUAAAUCUCUGUGACUGUCGAAGUAGCUAUAGCUAACUAAAUUUGUGACAACGCCUUGGUCGGAGACUUCCAAGUGCAUUCCAGUUGAAGUCGGAUGUCCGGUUUUCCCCGAGUUUAAACUGGAAGUAUGACGUUUAAACUGGAAGUUUCAUUUCCAACUCACAAAACCAAACAUUGGAUUCCAGGAUGGUUGGUCCCAUUAAUGACUCCUCCAGUGACGACACUCUCUGACCAAUCAGUGGCCGGCAGUCUGAUGACGUCACGUUUUAGUAUCUGCUCAGCUCACUAAAAGGUACCAGGUUCUAUCGCGGAUGGAAAAGAAACCGAGUAGAGUCGAGUCGUGUUAGAACUGUAGAAUGAAAAAAAGCCAACAACACUGAGUCGACAAACUGUCUCGAGAUUGUCUGUGACAGCAAUAUCUAAUUAAAGUUUACUACCAUUAGCAGUAUUAGUAUUAGUAUUAUAAAAUACUGGUCGGACCAGACCUACAGUGGAGAGGCUGAAGCAGCGAUAAUCACUAAAGUAAACUCAGUUUUACACAUUAUUUGUACUUGAAGAAUGAAAAUGUGAAAGGUAUAAGAAUAAAAGUAAGUUAAUGUGUAUUUUA